AUGCUCUGGUUGCACGUUGUCUUCACAGCGUUCUUCGCAACGCUAGCCUUUGCUGUCAAUCCUUUUGAAGGCGCGUCGUGGGAAAACACAAAGUACUACAGAAACGUCGACCUUGCAAAACUGUAUGUGAAAGAAUGGGCCCUUAUUGAAGCCACCAACGUUGGCGAGCAGCCAUUGGAUACGUAUUUCUUUUUGAUCAACGAUGGGUUUGAUGCUGUGCCCGAGGUCUCGUUUUUAGGUGUAACUCUCACGGAACGAAGCCAGGAAAUCCAGCCUUUUGCGGUGGAGAAUGGCGUCUAUAUGCUUAAGUUGCCUUUCCCCGUGGCCCCUGGGAAUUCCGUCGAGUUCAAGGUCAGAUACACCUACUCCAACACAUUGUAUCCGUUCCCAGAGACUAUCAAGUUGGACGAUAAGCAGAAGUUGUUGCUCAAGAUGAAUAAGUUCCCUUUCUCGGGCUACCCCACUGAGGAAUACUCCUUGGCCUUCACUGGCAUCACUAAGGGCCAGGAGAUGGACUUACAAUUGAUCAAUAUCAAUGCUACCAAAGAAGUGCCUGAAUUGAAGGGCAGAGUCGAAGACAACCUUUUGGUGUAUGGUCCCGUUAAGGCGCACAUCAAGCCUUUGACCAUUGUGCCUAUGGGCUUCUUGUACGACCACGACUUGCCCAUUGCACGUGUUAUCAACCUCGAGAGAAGCUUUUGGUUGCCUGCCUCCGACGUGGACAUUGUUCAGACCGAGGAGUACUACGAGCUUACAAAUAACGGCGCUGAGUUGAAGGACGGCUUCUCCAGAAUCGACUGGAUGAAGGGUCGGUAUGAGAUCUUGCGCAAGCACUUUGCUCUUGCUCAAUUGGAGUUUCCAAUUGACGAGAAGAUCCCCUUCGACAACUACUACGUAACCGAUAAGGUCGGUAUGGUGUCUACUCAUCAGAUUAAGAGCGACCACUUGAUUGUUGUGCCUCGUUACCCUCUUAUGGGUGGUUGGAACUACAACUUCACCUUGGGCUGGACUAACAAAUUGGAAAAUUUCGUUCACAAAGCUAAGGACGAGCCUGACACGUAUAUUGCAGCAGUGCCUCUUUUGAACACCCUCAAGGAUAUCUACUACGAUAACGUGCUGAUGCAGAUCUACUUGCCUGAAGGAGCAGAAUUUGUCAAUUACUCCUCCCCCAUUGUUCCAGAGAAUCUCUCUGUGCUGGAUGAAAGAAGCUAUCUUGAUUUCUCCCUGGGCCACGUGAAGGUCACCGCCACUUACAAGAAUUUGUACGAUGACUUGGGACUGCUCACGGCGUAUGUAAAGUACAGGUACACCCCUAAGGCUUAUUGGAUGAAGGUGGGACGCAUUGCCGCUUUGGUGUUCACAGGGUUAGCCGCAUACUUCAUGUUGGGCCAAUUGGACCUCUCGACGAAGUAA